AUGCUAAUUUUUCUACAACUUAUAAUCAUAAAGGCUUGUUAAUAAUAUCAUGAUGAAUAUAAUAUAUACCCUAUUCAAGGGGAGACAAUAGAAAUGCCUUUGGAAGUAUUUUUUAGAAAUCAAGACUUAAAAUUUAACUGCCCUAAUUGCCCUGAAAAUGUGAGUGUCUCAAAUGCAAUUAGUUAAACAGGAGAGAAUAAAAACAGUAUAAAUUCAUAAUAUUUUAGAUUACACAUUUGUUUCUGUUUCAUUUUUUAAUGGUGAAAUUGCAGCUUUAACUACAAAUCACACAUUAAAUAUUUAUACUAAAUAUAUGAAUACCAUUGAAUUGGAGAAGGUAAUAAGUAUUAGUUAGGAAUUAACAUGCUUUAAUGUCAUUUACACAUUGGAAAAUAAGAUCCUUUUGGAUUGUUAUUUAGAAGAACAAUUGAUUCUUUAUUAUCUUGAAACAUAUGAUUUGAUAUAAAUAUAUACGUCCCACAGUUUGAUUCCUAAAAGUACAAAAGUAGUAUCUUUUGCCAAUUAAACCAAAAUUUAUACAAUAUAUGGAUAAUUUUAUAAAGGUUAAGGAGUCUUGACAAUUUUUGAGGAAAGAAAAAAUAAUAUAUUUUCCAAUAUAACUUAAUUAAAUGGCAACAUAUUAAACUUUAUGGCAUCAUUAAGGGGCUUCACAAAAAAUUAAUUAUUUGUAUAAUUUGGUAAUAUAAUUUCGGUGUACAUUUUGUCACCUUAAGAGCAAUUAAUGAAGAUAUAUUUUUCCCCCUACCAUAGUUCAAUUCUAAGUGUGGCUUAUUAUUAUUCUAUUGAUACUUAUUACCAAUUUGAUAGAUUUGUUAUGAUAACAAAAAAGGAUGAAACAAUAAGUCUCUAAGAAAUAUUAUAUGGCAAUAAUUUCCUGUAGAAAUUUGAUUUCAAAGUUCCUAAGAUCAAUAUUACUUAAGAAAUUUAACUUUUUGCAAAUAGUUAAUUUAUUAUUAUCUACAAUAACAACAUAUUAACCAUCCUAAAAAAUUAAAGAGAAAACCUUACUACCUUAGCCUAACAUAAAAUUUUAACAAAAUCUUAAAACCCUAUUGUUUAUUUUAAUUCAAUAAGUUCGGAACUUUAUAUUUUUGGAAAAACCAUCCAAAUAUAUUAACUUUCUUUUCCAAAUUUAAGUUUCUAGUCAAAUCUUGGGUAUGGCAAAUUUAUGAUUUAAGCCCAAAAAAUAUUGAAUUCUAAUAUACUAUCGAAAUGUUAGAUUUAAAUCUAUUUUAAUUAAAUUACUUAUUAGGAUAGAAAUAUUUAUUCAGUUUAUCUUAAUAAACAAUCAGCCUAUUACAAUUUUUUAUACUACACAUUUCAUUACCCAAUUUUGGCUGUCUCAGGACCACUCAUAUAGCCAAUAAGUCAUGUGAGUAACGAAUAAUUGGGCAAUUUUUUUGAUGAUACCUUGCAAUUAAUCAGAUCAGACCUAGAAUAAGAUUAUCAAAUGAUAAAAAUCUUUGCCGUCGAUUUAAUAGAAGGAUGUAAAUCAAAUCCCGUAGGUUGCUUUUUUGUAGUGGCAGUAUCAAACUUAACCAUUGACUUUUAUUAACAAGAGAUAAAAUUGACUUCUUAAACCAUAAAUUUAGAUGACUAUAGAGUUAAUAAUAGUUAAUUAGAGAUUAACUACUAUGCAGAUAGUGGGCUGUUUUUUUAUUAAGUUGGAUUAGGGAUAAAUUCAACAUAUAUCUAAAUAUAUUGUUUUUUGAAUACAGUUACAAAAAUGGUUAUUAGCGAAAAUAUUGUUCUCUAAAUAGACCCGUAUAAGUAAUUUCUACUUCUCUACAAUGCAAUAGUGCUAAUAUUGGAUUCAAAUUAAUUAGCAAUUUGCACAUUUGACAAUAAGUAAAUAAUUUUACUCAAUUCAACAAUCUUAACAAAUUUAUUUGGAAGAACAAUAUCAUUAAAUCCGAUUAACAUAUUUAUGGAUUAAUAAUAUCAAUCAAAAGUAUUAUACGUUAACAAUAAUGAUAGCUUUAUAAUCGGAACCAUAACGGAUGAAUUUAUUUUUGAAUUAUUUUCUCUAAAGGCAGUAAAUAUUCAAAUAAUAAAUCUGUCAGUCAUUAAAUAUUUCUUAGUAUUAUCCUAUUUUUGUGAAGAUCUGUAAAAUUUUUGCUUCUAAGUGUGGAAUGUGAAGGAUUUUUAUCACCCUAAAUUUCAUAAAAAUCUAACAUCCAUUUAAAUUAGCUAGCGAUAUUAAUUCUACUCAGAUAAUCUAUUUUUUUAUGUUUAAACAGAUAAUAUUAUUAAUGUUUAUAAUCCUGAAUAAUCUGAGCACUCAAGCUUAUUUAAGUAAAUUAUGUUUGAUGGUUAAUAUUUUAGCAGUUUGGCAUACCAAAAUAUUGCAUUUCUCAGCUUCAAUCAAUCCUUAUUUUCCUUAACAACAAUAUUAAUAUAGUCAUUCUCCACCUAGAAUGUUUAAAAUAAAUAUUUUUCUGAUCUAACCUUUAAUUUCACUAUAUCUUCCUAACUAAAUCCUAAAUCAUAAAUUAACUCAUCGAAUAAUUCUUUAAUAAUCAUCAACAAUUAUAUUGAUAUUAGUUUAUAGAGUGAGAGUAUUGCCGUUGAUCACAAUCAAUACUCUUUAGAAAUAAAUAGAGAUGAUUUACUAGCAUAGGGAUAAAUUGAAUAUUUUUAAGUUGAAAAUAAUGAUAGCAUAAUUUUGACUAAUAUCAUCGAUAAUCAGAUAUUAGAUGUAUACACAGAUUAAUUUCAUUUAAGCACUUUAUUACGGAAUCAGUUUAUACUUUUAAAUAAUUAGAAUUUAUUAAUUUAUCACUUUAAUCUAUCUUACUCUUUUGGUCCAUAUAAGAUUUGUGUUGCUACUACUACAUAUAAAGAUAUCAUUUAUAUACUUUGUCAAAAGGAAGAUUUAUAUAAAGUCAUAAGUCUAAAAGUGUUAAAUGAAUCUAAUUUAGAAGAAAAUUUAGUAAUAGAUUCUAUAAAAUUUAAUUAUACAAGCAACACUUGGAUGAGAAUUUAAGAUGACUUGCUUUAUAUUUGGAAUAGAAAUAAAACUAAAUUGUAUAAUCUUAAUCAAAAUUAGAAUUAAAGUGAAACUCAAAUCUGUGAAUCUACAUAAAAUAGUUUCUAAGCCGUUACUUUGCAAAAAUAAUAAGAUAAAUAAUUAAUAGCUUAUUUCUAUUUCAAAACAUAUUCUCAAUAUUAAUUGACUUAUAAAAUAGUGUAGAUCAUUAAUAAUUAUAUUAUUCUGUAGGGGGAAGAAAAUAACAUCCAAUUAGAUCUGUAGCCUUAUUAAUUAAUUUAAUUUGAUAGCAUACUUGUUCUAGAUUUUAAAUUUAAAGAAAUAUUUCUUAUGAUAUCUAAUUAAGGUUUUAAUUGUAUCAUUUCAAUUCUGUGGAUACCUAACAGUCUAGAUAUUCUAGAAAGCACGAUGGUAUUUUAAGAUAUUAUCUAAACUUCACCUCCUUAACCAAGAACGUAGUUUAAUUUAACAUAACAACCUUAAAAUAGCUCUGAUUUAUUACUCUUUAUGUAUUCAAAUACCUAAAAUUUAUCAAACAAAAGCUAUUUAAUAACUUUGUACAAUAUUUCUGGAUUUAAAAAUGUUCAUAAGUAAAUUCCUCUACUUUAUGAAGGUGGAUAUAAUUUUACUUUAAAUAUGGUUAAUAUCUCGUCAACUUCCUUCUAAACUUCAAAUAACUAAUAGGGAAAAAUUUUAAUUCUAUUUGAUAAUUAAACAACUCUGCAUUUAGAUGUUAAUUUGUUUUCUUUAAUAGUUGUUUUACCUCCAAAUUUAAAAAAAUAAAAUCUCACCUUAUAAUUAAAGGCUCUAAAUUAUAAUUAAUCAGCUGAAGCCACGAUUUUAAUUUUCUUAAAAGAAGAAAACAUUUCGAAAGGAUCCUUCUACGCUUUAGCUUCCAUAAUACUAAUUACUAUCAUCACUGCUUUUAUGAUUUAUUAUGAUAAGACAAGGAAAUAUAAAGAGGAAUUAGAGCUAGAUUACUUAGAGAUGGAACUUUGA